AUGGUCGUGCUCCGUAACGGGAAACAUUCCGGCGAGGCAAACGAUCAAGAAGCCGGUAAUGCGACAGAGUCCGUAAACCUCAAGCGUGGUGAAGCACCCAUUGCUGCAAACAAAGAAAAUGUCAACCUCUCCUCAGAGGUCGACAAUGCGACCACGGAGGGCAACCAUAGCAAGCAAGCUAAUACGAAGAAAACAAAGCUGCACGGUUCGAAGACCAGGAAAGGCCUGAUCCCUGGCCGUCAAAAGCGCGACGAAGGCAACGCCACCGAUAUGAAGCAGGCACAAGAAGAACACGAUCGCAAAGACCAAUGCAGCUCGAACAAGCCCCCGGCUUCUAGGAAACGGACAAGGAAAGACCUUGAAAUUGAAUGGGAUCGAAGCCAGUUGCGAGACCCCCGUCCCACUCCGGAACGGGUACUUUUGCCUCGUCGAUCUGAAACCGAUCUCACAGAAGAGGAAAAGAAGUUGUUCAAAGGUCCGCCGGCAAAGCGUCCAAGGGCAAGAGGGCGCUUGCACGCAUGCCAGGAAGACCAGAUGUUCCGCGAAGAAGCCAAGAGGAACAUUGCUCACACUGCCCAUGAGUUAUACGUAUGCUUUGAUAAAGGCCCCAAUGGCUCCCCUACCUACGAUGAAGCUGGGUUCCAGCUGGACUAUCGCAAGGUAGCAGACUGGAUGAAGCCUAAGAUGUACAACAAACAAGCCAUGGUCAACGGCAUGGAACGAGCGCUAAAGCGUGGCGAAGAGGAGAAGAGCAGGAUGGCGGCGGCCUUCUUCGAAGGUGGGCAGGCCCCAGACGAAGGAGGAGGGCUCGGCACCCUCGAUUUGUUGAAGGACAAGGUCUCGAAGGACCUGGGUAUUGCAUUCCAUAAGGUUACUCCCGCCAAGGUGGAAGGAUGGGCCAAGAAAGGAUUUCCCAAAGAGAAUCCACGCGACUAUGUUGAGUCCACUCUCACAGCAGAGGAGAGGAAAAGAUUCCUUUCUAUGCACAUGGGAAGUAGCUUGAGGAAGUGA